AUGGUUCUGGUGAUGAACGUUCCUCGGGCAGUGAAUGUCUUAAGGCCAAAGGUUUUGGUGUUCGAAAACGUGAAAGGAUUUUGUAACCGAAAGAAAAGUGAUGAGAUGUAUAAAUUAUUCAUCAGCGAUUUGAUGGAUGUCGGCUACAAAGUCGAAACGAAAAUUUUGAAAGCGUCCGAUUUUGGUGUUUGUCAACGUAGAGAAAGAUUUAUAUUGUUGGCUGUGCCAACAGAAUCAAAUCUUCCGAACUGGCCUAAGCCCACUCACUUUAUUGAUGGUGAAAUCUCGGUGCAAACCAGUGCAAACCAUAUUGCAAUGGGUCGUGUUCCGACGCCAACAGUGAAUGCGGUAUUUCGAGGAUUAACGACAACAACGCCAAAUAUGAAUUACCUAAAAACCGUUCCUUACCAUUUGAGACGAUUAAAACUUGAUCAGAUUCCGUCUACCGUGUUGUGCACCAUUAAUCCGGGUUGGGACAACAUCCAUCCCACUGAAUUUCGUCACAUUUCGCCGCGAGAAUCCGCACGGUUGCAAAGUUUUCCGGACUCCUAUGUAUUUAAAGGGGAUCUUAAUUCACAGUAUAGGCAAGUUGGUAAUUCGGUACCACCAUUGUUGGCACGAGCGAUCAUGAAAGAAGUCAGACGCGUGAUUUAA